CGCGGCGGCAGAGGCGAGGGACAGCCCGCCCGCCCGCCGCCGCGGCAGCCCCGCGGCGCUCGCCUCCGCCGCCGGGGCGCCAUGGCCAGGAAGCGCAAAGCGGCGCCGCGGCCGGCGGCUGCCGGCAAGCGGCGCCGCAGGAGGCCGGGGGCGCCGCGGGGCGAGGCGGAGGCGGAGGUCAGUGCAGAUGAUUUUGAAGAGAAAAAGCCUAGUACAAGAAGGAGCAACUCAAAAGUUCCAGCUAGAAAAAAGGAAGAAGACUGUGAUACAGGAGUUUGCAGCUCAGCAAGUACCCCUUCAAAACAAAAAGGGGUAAAAUUGCUAAUAAAAGAAGAAAAUAAGAAAGCUACUAGAAGUAAAAGGUGUCAUAGCAAAGAGGCAAUGUGCAGUGACUCACUGAAGCCCCCUCAGAAGGAGAUAAAUUUGAAGAGAGAAUCUCCUGUUAAAAAAGAGGUGGAUGAAGACAAUGAUGAUGAUGAUGAUGAUGAAAGUGAAGAUGAAUGGGAGGAUGUGGAAGAACUCCAGGAACCUGUUGUGGAUAAAUUAGAAGAAGAUGCUGUUGUUCCGCAAGCGGCGUUGCCAAGCAAACCAGUUGAGAUAGAGAUUGAAACCCCAGAGCAGGCGAAGAAAAGAGAGAGAAGAGAAAAAAGAAAAGCCGAGUUUGAGGUGUAUCUUCGGAGAAUGAUGAAACGUUUCAACAAGGAGGUUCGUGAGGACACGCAUAAGGUUCAUCUCCUGUGUUUAUUAGCAAAUGGUUUCUAUCGGAACAGAAUCUGUAGCCAGCCAGAUCUUCUUGCUAUUGGUCUAUCCAUCAUCCCCAUCCACUUCACAAAAGUGCCUGCAGGCCGAGUGGACCUUCUCUACCUCUCCAACUUGGUGAAAUGGUUUGUUGGAACCUUCACUGUCAAUGCUGAGCUUUCUAUUGAAGAAGGAGAGCUGCUUCAGUCUACCUUGGAGAGGCGCUUUGCCAUAUAUGCUGCACGAGAUGAUGGAGAGUUGGUUCAUAUAUUUUUAAUUAUUCUCCGAGCAUUACAGCUGCUGUGCCGUCUUGUGCUGUCUCUUCAACCUGUUCCUCUCAAGGAGACAAGAGCAAAGGGGAAGGGCUCAUCUAAGAGGCAGUCUCUCAGCAGUACCUCUGAAGGGCAGGAGAGCUCUGCCACAACACCCAAAGCAGUGGCAAAAGAAGGCUCCUGCAAAAAAGCCAAGCACAAUGAGAAGUCUUCAGAAAGUGAAGAAGAAAACAGGGAGCCGAAGAAAUCAAGCACUGCUCAGAUGAAAAGGCCAUGCAAGUCAAAGCUGACUACAGAAAGCCAAAAGCAGAGGGAACCUAGUAAUGAGGACUGCAGUUCAGGGGGAAAAGAUAGGCCAGUCAGGCCCAAAAACAAUCGCCGGAGACGAGUGGCCUCCAAAGUAUGUUACAAAGAAGAUAGUGGAAGUGAUGAGGGCAGUGUUUCUGACUUUGAGAUUUCAGAGGAGGAGAGCAGUCUGUCUGAUGAGGAUUUUGAAACUAUACCUAAAAAGCAGAGGCGGUCAUUGGGCUCCCAGAAGUCAAAGGUAACGGCUGAUAAAAGCCUGAAAAAUAAGACUUCAGAUCUGAGGCUAUCCAAAAAUUCACGUGAAGCUGAGCCUAGACCAGCAAAAAGUACAGCUACUGCCUUGCCUACUGCACAGAAAAAAAGAAACAAAAUAAUUUCUAGUGAUGAAGAUGGUGGAGAGCAGGAGCUGAGAAAAGUGUUGGACACAGACCAGUGGCUGGAGGUUUUCCUUGAACGUGAGGACAAGUGGGUGUGUGUAGACUGCGUUCAUGGUAACGUUGGCCAGCCCCAGCUGUGCUUCAAGUAUGCCACAAAGCCGCUUUCCUACAUUGUGGGGAUUGACAAUGAUGGGAGUGUCAAGGAUGUGACGCGAAGAUACGACCCAGUGUGGAUGACCGCAACGAGGAAGAGCCGUGUGGACUCUGAGUGGUGGGAAGACACACUACAGCCAUAUAAAAGUCCCUUUGUGGAAAGAGACAAGAAGGAAGAAAGGGAGUUUCAAGUUAAGCUUCAAGACCAGCCUCUGCCAACAGCAAUCGGAGAGUAUAAAAAUCACCCCCUUUAUGCACUCAAGAGGCACCUCUUGAAAUAUGAAGCCAUCUAUCCUGAGUCAGCUGCUAUCUUGGGGUACUGCAGAGGAGAGGCUGUCUACUCCAGAGACUGUGUACACACACUGCACUCAAAGGACACUUGGCUGAAGCAGGCUCGAGUGGUGAGGAUUGGAGAAGUGCCCUACAAGAUGGUGAAGGGAUUUUCCAAUCAGGCAAGGAAGGCGCGCCUUGCAGAGCCAGCAAACCGAGACAAAAAGGACCUGGCACUGUUUGGCCUCUGGCAGACAGAGGAGUUCCAGCCGCCUGUGGCAGUGGAUGGAAAGGUUCCGCGGAAUGAAUAUGGAAACGUCUAUCUCUUCUUGCCAUCCAUGUUACCAAUCGGCUGUGUACAGCUUAGACUCCCCAACCUCAACAGAGUGGCGCGGAAGCUGGACAUUGACUGUGCUCAAGCCAUCACUGGAUUCGAUUUUCAUGGAGGCUACUCACACCCAGUUACUGAUGGCUACGUUGUUUGUGAGGAAUAUAAAGAAGUACUUAUUGCUGCCUGGGAGAGUGAACAAGCAGAAAUAGAAAAGAAGGAGAAGGAGAAACGUGAGAAAAGAGCUCUGGGGAACUGGAAAUUGCUGACAAAGGGACUUCUCAUCCGAGAGAAACUGAAGCAACGCUACUGCAUCAAGACUGAGCAAUCAGCACCUGAGGCAGAGAAACGAGCUGGAUUCUCUUCUGAUGAAGAAGGAGGUCCAAGUUCACAGACUGCAGUAGAGGAUGUGGCUAUUUCUUGGCCCCAGAAUCGCCAGGUAGAGAGGCAGAAGGAAGAGAAGACAACCAGGAAGAGCAAGCGAGAAAAGAAAGGAGAAGCAGCGCAGUUGUUUCCCUUUGAGAAGCUGUGAUGAGAACAAGCAUUUCUUUACCACUGCCAGAUGCAAGGAUGAUGGUGUCACCAUAGGAGUAUGCUUUGCCAGCUAAGGAUUUUUAGCCUUCAUUGUGUUUCUGAGCUGUCAGUGACCAACCUAGUUCAGCAUCAAGAAUUUCUGUUGCUAUCACAGAAAACCAUGUUCAUCCUUUUAUCCUUGGAGUCGUAAGAAGCAGAUGUGGGGUUGUAUCUUUUCAGAAGAAUACUAUCCUUGCACAGCUGGGUUUUUUUUACUCCCUUUUAUAAGUAUCAAUUUGUAUGCCAAUAAAUCUGUUUUCUUUGGCAUUUCUUUAAUUGUAACAACCUCUUCCCAUUUUUUCCUGCUUGUCCAGAACUAAAACAUACAGCUACUAGUUAACUGUCUGAGGUGCUAAGUCCUCUUAGAUGCUUCCAUUCAUAUCGUAUCCAAAUCAGUGGCAAGGUAGAGCUCCAGUCUCACCAGUUACUUCUUUAUCACAGAUAGGGAAACACUUUCUCUAAGGUGUGAAGGAAGAUGUGAUCAGUAUUUGGAGGAAUCUGAAAAUUUGCUUGGUAAAGAAUACCUGCUUUUUGAGAAAACUCUUUUCAGCUCAGGAUCAGAAAUCUUGCAGACCAGAAGGGGGUAGCCCUAUCCCCGUUUCAAACAUCAGGUUAAACAUGGCAUCUUAAGUCAUUUUAAAAAAUAUUUGUGUGUUUUGGUUUGUUUGGUUUGUUUGUAUGUAUGGUUUGGUUUUGUAUUAAUACCAGGUGGUUUUGUUCUGGAGCAUAAUGUCUAAAACUGGCUGAGUGUCACUGUCAGAAGUGAAAGUCACUGAAAACAGAGAACUUUUGUAAAUAUUAUUCAGUAUCUAAGCACUUGCAAAGUGGUAAGAGAGGAAUAUUAAAUCUACAGAAGCUUUUCUUCCAGUUUUAUAAUAGAAAUACUUACUGAUCUGUCUUUUGCAGUGAUUUUUAGGACAAAAUGACACCAACACCAUCACUUUAAAAGUAGAGGGGGAUACAGUCCAUUCAUUGCUGGGCAUUGUCACAGGGGAAAGAUUGAAAUGUAAGAAAAUGGUUUUCAUUUAAAUACGCUCAGAGGAAAAAAAAAUCUAUUUUUAUACUGUAUAUAUGGAACAAAAUAAAGUAUUGAAAAAGAUUAA